GUUUAUACCAGCACACCUGCCUAUAUUUUAAAUCACAAUGGAGGGAAGCAUCGUUGGCGUCCGCAAUACUCACCGUCGAACUGCCCGACAGACCCGGCGGAGGAGGUCAACCGGAGGGUUGGAGGGCCACGUGAGCAAGACCUCCUUGGUGCAAAAGGUGGAGAAACCACUGGAGAACAGGACAUUACAGCAGCGCGUCUUCCUCUACAUCCAGCUGAACGAGCUGACCAAGCUGCCGAAGACGGACAAUCCUCUGGAGCUACACCUCUACCAUCCGAAGAACACGCUGCAGAAGUUGCAGGAACGCUACACCACGGACACCACCAUCUACCAGCACGAGUUCAACCUGAAGAAACCGGUAUUCGCCUUGGGUGUGAUGCAGGACGAUAUCGAGGACAUGAACACGUUCAGCGAUCAGCCGCUGGUGAUUUCCCUCUACCAAAGGAUUCCCCGCCGUCGCAAGGGAGGAAAAACAAAGGCCAAAACUGGUGGCACACCCGCUUCCCAGGAAGCCAGUCAAUCGAGUGCAGAGGCUUUGGGGAAUAGUGAAAACGUGAAAAUUAAAUACGAACAAUGCAGCGAGGAAGCUGGCGAGGAAGGAGAGGGUGGUAACUUUUCGGAGGAGCGACUGGAACUUUUGUCCCGCGGUCAUUGUGAUCUAUUGCAGCUCUUCCAGCGACGCCGCUUUAUAAGCGAUAUUACCAUCUUCCUGUACCCGGAGUACCAGACUAACAAGCAGGCCAAGAGCAAUCAACAAAUCACCUCGUGCAGCGUUUGGCACAUGUACUCCAUAUUGCCCAUCCUGAAGAACUUUAACUUUACUAACCUCGCCUUUUUGACCCUGGAAUCAAUUUACAACGUUCCUGAGGAACUGCACUCUCUGUCCGCCGAACUGGGACUAAGUGUUUCCUUUCGUGGAAAAGAGCCUGAGGGUUCCGACGGCGCCUUCAAGGUAAUUCUCCUUUGCACCUACUCGGGAUUCAUAUCGCAGAUCAUCAGCGACCAAAACACGAGCAUCGUGUGGGAGAGCAUCAAGCGGGACCUGCAUCCCAAUAUGAACUUUAGUUUUAACCAAAUGGAGACCAGUUCUAGGAUAAAGCUGCCCAAGCUGUUUCGCCUGUUGCUUUGGCAGCAGGACGUUGACUUUCAGAUGGAGAAGAUCGAUGCUGUGACCGACUUGGCCCUGAUCAACAACUCGCUUCACCGUUUCGUGCUCACCGAGGACAUGCGAAAGAUCCUUGAGCAGGCUGUCGUUCACAAUGAAUACGAGCUGUUGCUGCAACUGUACCAGGAGACGCCGAGUAAUGUCAUGUACGAGGGAGUCCUCAACCCGAGCAUCUUUGGCUAUCCAGGCGUUAACUAUUGUCGGUUUGCCAUCCACCUAAAGCCCGUUUUCGAACCUCAAGUCAAACUAAGCACAACGAAAGGAGAUUCCCUGGUAAUGGGCCCGAUGUUCUGCACCUUCAAAAUCUGCUUCUUUCAGCCAAUUUGCGAGCGCAACGAACCUCUUGACAAGUACAAUGAGAGCCUCCUCAAAAGGGCAAAGCUGCGGCGAUGCUUCGAUAUGGAGUUCCUCAAGGAGGACGAGGACGAUGAAGAUGUAUGUCUGGAGCUUUAUCGUUCCUUCGAUGAUCUCAUCUCCGAUACAAUCGGCUUCAUAGUCAAGCGUGGUGUGCAGGACAUCAACGAUAAGAAAGACUUUUUCUGCUGCCAGUUGGCCAACCUCAGUAAUCUGGUGUUGAAAAUCUGCGGGUGCGAUUUUAACGUACGCAUGCCAACGAAAACGAACAUAGAAUUCAGGGAAAUGCUAACCCACAUGUAUAAAGAGUUGAUGGAGCGCAUUGAGGGUAUUUUAGCCGCCUGCAGCUGGAAAAAUAGUUAUGAUUGUACGACAAAUCAGGAAAAUGGAGAACACAGCUUGUCGCGGCUGAUGAAUGAGAUGCGUCUGGUCAGCAACUGUGGCCAGAGGGAUCUGGCAAUGCAAAUCUACGAGGAGAUCGACAGUAGCACCUCAAACCGCAUUAUAUUCGACUUUGUAACCCUGCUGAAUAGCGUCGAAACUCUGCAGUUCCAGCAGGCGGCUAAAUAUUUCACGAAGACCCGGACCAGCGAUUGGAGCGGACAUUAUUUUACGUUGCUCAUGCAGCUCUAUAUCAACUACAUGAUGGAUCUGAGAUCCCCAGACGAAGAGGUCGUAAGCUCGGCGAAAUCGAAUAUGAUCGAGAGUUUGCGCCAGUUCGCCGAUAAGAACAGACUGGAAUCGGAGAUUUGGAUUCUGUUGUAUUGCUAUUACAAGGAAGUUAAUUACUUGCCAGGCAUGGAGUUCACGCGAUGGAAAUUCCAGAAUCUCUUUGAAAUUUCCUCCAAGACUCUGUCUUUUACGCCCUGCUCACUUUAUGAAAUGUACCUGCCAGUCGACUUUGAACUAAGGACCUCGUGCACCCCGAUGAAUACUAAGUUUUAUCCAGUUUUUAAGCUGUUUGCUCGCCUGGGAGCCUACGCCUUUGCCGAAAUUGUGUUUGCCGACAUAGAGCAGUGCUUUACGGAAGCUGAAGUUUAUCUUAUAAGGACCACUUUAAAGAUACUUCAGAGGCAGAUCGAUGAAAAGUUUAAGAUCGUUAAGAUGCCUACGGAUAACAGUGUGCCAGGAAAGCUGAAACGCUGUUACCAACUUCACAUCAAUGGCAGUGUGGAAUAUUCCCGUGGACGCUGUGACGAGGCCUUGAAAUAUUUUCAGGAACUAUUGCUAGUGGUGGAUCCCGGUGACAAGACAUUGUUCAGGCUGAGUUUCCUGCGUCUCGGUCACUUGGCCUUUGAAAGGGGACAAUUUGAACUGGCCGAAAAGGCCUUUGACAUCUGUUUGCCUUGCAGCCACAGACGCAAGAACUUUAUAGCCAAUUAUGGAAAGGGGCUGUCACUCUACCAUCAAAAUCGUCUGGAAGAAGCCAUUCCCUUUCUUUCUCGCUGCACUGAAGUCGACAUCUUGAUUCCCGAUGUCUGGGGAUAUUUGGCCGCCAUUAACCUGAGACUGAACCGAAAUAAAACUGCCUUGGAGUGCUGGAAAGUGGCUAAACAGUACCCCGAACUGAGCAUCAGCAAGAACGUGUAUGCUGAACUGGACAAGAUUCAGUACUCAGAUAUCCAUCUAAUAGUAGAUGACGAUGGAAAUCCGGCUGAAAAGAUGUCGAAACUGGACUUCCUUCCCUUGUAA